GUUUCACUUUGUGUUACACAUUUUGACAGUCUGUUGCAGGCCUAAUAGCAUACUGUCUAUAAUUUAGGCCAAGUAAUUUUAGCUUAAAUUAAUCAGGUUUAAAGAUGUAUUGGUUAUUAAUAAAAUGAUUACUCUUAGGUAUAGCUUUUUCAUACAGAUAUCACAUUACUUUGAUGUCCUUACCUAGUUCUGUGAUCUGUUCAGGAGUCUCAAGCUGGAGGCAUUAUUAACUGACCUGCAUGUGUUUUGCUUGGUCUACAUAGUAUUUUUGACAUUUUUGAAUUAGUUGUGAGCAUUGAAAAAUUGAGAGAUUGCACAUCAAAUCUGAAUUUAUGACUUCUUUUGAAAAAUUGGAAGAUCUGUUAACACUAAGCCUGCUUUUCAGUUUAGCAAUAAUUGCCUGGUUCCAAGAAAUGGCUACCUCCCCCAUCAUUUAGAGGGUUAGGCAUAACCCCCAUCUGGCCUGCUACACUCAUUUACAGUACCUGCCUCACUGGCCCCUGUAGGCAUUUGUUUGUGAUUUAGAGCAUCUGCAUUUUUGUUAUUUUAGAUUUAGACCCUUAAGAUAUCUGAAAAUGAAUGAGAUUUUGUUUAAUGCAACAAAAUGAAUGUAUAUAAACAAAGUUAUAACCAAAAUAAAAGAUGGGCAAGGGUUAUACAUAAGCAAUUCACAGAGGAAAAACUUAAUGGCAAAAAACAUAUAUAUAUAUAAAAAGGUGUUUAGUAACUGAUGUUACUAGUAAUCAGGGAAGUUCUAAUUGAAACAAUGAUAAAAUACCAUUUACUACCCAUCAGAUUGUAAAAAAAUUUUAAGUUUUUUUUUUUUGAGAAUGCUGAAAAUGGGAUUUGUCUAUUCUUUGCUAGUGGGAGUGUCAGUUGAAACUCUCAGAGAUGAUUUGACGGUUCUUGGUAAAGUUGAAGAUAUAUGUCUUGUAACCCAAAAAGACCACUACUACUAGGUGUCAUUUCUUGGAGAAAGUCUACCACGUGUGCACAAGAAGACAUGGAUCAAGAUGUUUAUUAUGGUGAGGCAGGCAACCAAUCAGAUUGUGAUGAAUUGUGCUGAUAUUGAUAUUAUUACAGCUUCAUAUGCACCAGAGGGAGAUGAAGAAAUACAUGCUACAGGAUUUAACUAUCAGAAUGAAGAUGAAAAAGUUACCUUGUCUUUUCCUAGCACUCUCCAAACGGGUACAGGAACCUUAAAGAUAGAUUUUGUUGGAGAGCUGAAUGACAAAAUGAAGGGUUUCUAUAGAAGUAAAUAUACUACCCCUUCUGGAGAGGUGCGCUAUGCUGCUGUCACACAGUUUGAGGCUACUGAUGCGCGGAGGGCUUUUCCUUGCUGGGAUGAGCCUGCCAUCAAAGCAACUUUUGAUAUUUCAUUGGUUGUUCCUAAAGACAGAGUAGCUUUAUCAAACAUGAAUGUAAUUGACCGGAAACCAUACCCUGAUGAUGAAAAUUUAGUGGAAGUGAAGUUUGCCAGGACACCUGUCAUGUCUACAUACCUAGUGGCGUUUGUUGUGGGUGAAUACGACUUUGUAGAAACAAGGUCAAAAGAUGGUGUGUGUGUCCGUGUUUACACCCCUGUUGGCAAAGCAGAGCAAGGAAAAUUUGCUUUAGAGGUUGCUGCUAAAACCCUGCCUUUUUAUAAGGACUACUUCAAUGUUCCUUAUCCUCUACCUAAAAUUGAUCUCAUUGCUAUUGCAGACUUUGCAGCUGGUGCCAUGGAGAACUGGGGCCUUGUUACUUAUAGGGAGACUGCAUUGCUUAUUGAUCCAAAAAACUCCUGUUCUUCAUCACGCCAGUGGGUUGCUCUGGUUGUAGGACAUGAACUCGCCCAUCAAUGGUUUGGAAAUCUUGUUACUAUGGAAUGGUGGACUCAUCUUUGGUUAAAUGAAGGCUUUGCUUCCUGGAUUGAAUAUCUGUGUGUAGACCACUGCUUCCCAGAGUAUGAUAUCUGGACUCAGUUUGUUUCUGCUGAUUAUACCCGUGCCCAGGAGCUUGAUGCCUUGGAUAACAGCCAUCCUAUUGAAGUCAGUGUGGGCCAUCCGUCUGAGGUUGACGAGAUAUUUGAUGCAAUAUCAUAUAGCAAAGGUGCAUCUGUCAUCCGGAUGCUGCAUGACUACAUUGGGGAUAAGGACUUUAAGAAAGGAAUGAACAUGUACUUAAUGAAGUUCCAACAAAAAAACGCUGCCACAGAGGAUCUCUGGGAAAGUUUAGAAAAUGCUAGUGGUAAACCCAUAGCUGCUGUGAUGAAUACCUGGACCAAACAAAUGGGAUUCCCCCUCAUUUAUGUGGAAUCAGAACAGGUAGAAGAUGACAGAGUACUGAGGUUGUCCCAAAGGAAGUUUUGUGCCAGUGGACCAUAUGUUGGAGAAGACUGUCCCCAGUGGAUGGUACCUAUCACAAUCUCUACUAGUGAAGAUUCCAGCCUCGCCAAACUGAAAAUUCUAAUGGACAAACCAGAGAUGAAUGUGGUUUUGAAAAAUGUCAAACCAGACCAGUGGGUGAAGUUAAACCUGGGAACAGUUGGGUUUUUCCGGACCCAGUACAGCUCGGCCAUGCUGGAAAGUUUAUUACCGGGCAUUCGUGACCUUUCUCUGCCCCCAGUAGAUAGACUUGGACUACAGAAUGACCUCUUCUCCUUGGCUCGAGCUGGAAUCAUUAGCACUGUAGAGGUUCUAAAAGUCAUGGAGGCUUUUGUGAAUGAGCCCAAUUAUACUGUAUGGAGCGACCUGAGCUGUAACCUGGGAAUUCUCUCAACUCUCUUGUCCCACACAGACUUCUAUGAGGAAAUCCAGGAGUUUGUGAAAGAUAUCUUUUCACCUAUAGGGGAGAGACUGGGCUGGGACCCCAAACCUGGAGAAGGUCAUCUAGAUGCACUCCUGAGGGGCUUGGUUCUGGGCAAACUAGGAAAAGCAGGACAUAAGGCAACGUUAGAAGAAGCCCGCCGUCGGUUUAAGGACCAUGUGGAAGGGAAACAGAUUCUUUCCGCUGAUCUGAGGAGUCCUGUCUACCUGACUGUUUUGAAGCAUGGUGAUAGCACUACCUUAGACAUUAUGCUAAAGCUUCACAAACAAGCAGAUAUGCAGGAAGAGAAAAACCGAAUUGAAAGAGUCCUUGGGGCCACUCUUUCACCUGAGCUGAUUCAAAAAGUUCUCACCUUUGCACUUUCAGAAGAGGUACGUCCACAGGAUACUGUAUCAGUAAUUGGUGGGGUGGCUGGAGGCAGCAAGCAUGGAAGGAAAGCUGCUUGGAAAUUUAUAAAGGACAACUGGGAAGAGCUUUAUAAUCGAUACCAGGGAGGAUUCUUAAUAUCCAGACUAAUAAAGCUGUCAGUGGAAGGAUUUGCAGUUGACAAAAUGGCCGGAGAGGUUAAGGCUUUCUUCGAGAGUCACCCAGCUCCUUCAGCUGAACGUACCAUCCAGCAGUGUUGUGAAAAUAUCCUGCUGAAUGCUGCUUGGCUAAAGCGAGAUGCUGAGAGCAUCCACCAGUACCUCCUUCAGCGAAAGGCCUCACCACCCACAGUGUGAACCCUGAGCGUGCAGCCACUGCAUUUCUGCUGCUCCGCUGCAGGGAUGAGGUGGAGCUACCGAACAGCUGAUUCAUAUGCCAAGAAUUUGGAGUCUUCUUUCAAACCAGUGGGGGUUGGACAAUGAAUGUAGUUAACUGGUUCCUGCUCACACUCCAGAAUUAAAUUCUAUUGAAAAAAGGAAAAUCAGCAAUUCAGCAAAAAAGUAAAAUAAAAUAAAAAUGUAAAUAUGAUAGUAAUAAAUAGAGCAUAAUGAAACUGUGAAACUUCCUGAAGCCUUGUCAGUGGUUAAAAGUAUUUAACACUUUCCUGUAAAUGACAGAUGUUCUGUUUUUAUAACCUACCAAAAGGAAACUAGAGGCUUCUGGGUCAAGAGGGUUUUUGUGAAAUGGGGUCUGCAAGCAGCCUACAAGCCAAGGAUAGUCCCCAUUGCUGGGAACGGUUAAAUAUGAAAGGCUAAUAGCUGGUAUGACAUAGUUGGAGUCUGUGCAUAAAUCCAAGUGUUUUUUUUUUUUUUUUUGGCAUGGGGACUGAUCAGGAAGAUAUAUUUUCCUGCAUAACUCAAUCUGAACCAAGGAUUGUAGUUUUCCUCCUUGCCUUCCCUUCUGUGUGAUCCCUUGGCCAAAAAAAAAAAAAAGGUUAAAAAAAAAUCCUGUUCUGGGUUUUUUCCUCCCCUCAGUUCCACCCCCAGGCCCCAUACUCCACCCCCAGGUGUCCUUCUUAGAGAGAAAGAAAUAAUAAGGAAACAUCCUUCAUAGCCACAUUAAAUAAGAGAAACUGAUUUACAUUUUCCUUUCUUUUUUAAGAUGACAUCUAAGAACCCUGAAACACAUGUAGGUGAGACAAUAGAAAUAAGGCUUUCAGACAGGUCUUUCUGAAGGAGUUAUUCUACUGAAAGUGGUCUUAGUUGUCUGAUAGGCCAACUAUUCAACUUCUUCAUAGCAGUAUCGGCACUGGCUUCUCCUGGUUUGUGUUGUACAUGUGAGAAGUCAGUGGUAACUGCUGUAGGGCCUACACAUUAGUGUAACUGGUUAAAAAACAAGACUAUCAGCCUGUGUGUGCCACUCUUUGCUUCAACAGUGUAUCCUACUAACAAGCCUCACCUGUCCAAUCCCAGUGAGUUUUAAUUCUAAAUCUCAUUCCCUUCCUCUUUCCAUUUCUUUUAUUUUCCUUUUUUUUAAAUUUUUUUUUUUUGUUGUUAUUAACAGGAAUUCGUAUUUGGUGUGGCUUUACUGUAUUUCAGAAGGUCAUCAGAUUGUGAGAUUGCUUCCUUGAAACAUUUUUGUGCUAUCGUUUUAAAAAAAUAAUAAUUAAAAAACAGUUGGCGUUAAUAAAAAUGUCAAUGUGAAACUGAUGUCCUAAUUUCUUCUAUUCUCUUUGAAAAGAAACUAAAAACUUGCUUAUCAUUCAGUAGGAUUCAGUCUUUACUACCAUAAGAUUUUUUGAGUCUAGGAAAAUUCAGCUCCUGAAUUCCUAAUGAAUAGAAUCUAAACAGAAAAAUCCAAAGAUUCCUUCUAAAUUAGUUUUGGAUUCUCAAACUCUGACAGCCUGAGAGUCAGCAUUCAGGAGUUGAGUUGAGACCCAACAGGUACCAUUCUCUGAGGAGCUUCCAUGCCAGGCUCCAUGCUCAGUGCUGCCCAGCAAGCUGUCUGAGCCUGUGCUUAAGGCAUUAACAAAGCAAGGGCACCCACAAGACAGGAAAGUCCACCUUUAACUGAAGAACUCACACAACCUUGCAAUCACAAAUUCUGGAAAGAAGUUAUUUUAGUUUCUGCAUACAUGUAAGUUUUGUGUAAGCUCAGUAGUUUGAAUUAUAGUGGGGCAGGGGUUGUGCUGGACAUCUUUCAUUGCCACUUCUGUGCCGGGCCCCAGGGGAUGUUGACCUGCAUGGACUGUAGUAACCAGUUCCCUUGCCCUCUAACUUCAGGUUAUGUUUAUCCAAUUUAGUAGCACUCAGAAGAUGAGAAGGCAUGAGAAAAGAUGGUCAGUGUUUUUACUGCCCUGGCUCCUAUCAAACAGUUCUCCCUGGCUUCUAGUACCUUCCCUUAACCCCUUCAAGUCUAAGGAUGGUAAAGACUACUUUUACUGGCUCUGGAUUAUUCUCUUAUUCCUUGUUGUGAUUUCCGUAAAUGCUGUGCACAUCUUUGUAAAUAGUCCCUUUAUUAAACUUUCCUCAAGUUAUCCCAUUUGAGUGUGUUACCUGUUUUCUGCUGAUACCUUGACUGACUUGGACGCCAUAAUCCUGAUGCUUUGGGCCCCUAAAAGUCUUAAUCCAGCCUUUUUUGUGCCAGAUGUUUUAAUAAAUUAUUGUUUGUCUUCCAAAUUGUUCCCUAUUGUAGGUAAUAUACCCAUUUUUACAGAUGACAAAGUAGACUCAGAACAAUUAGGUAAAUUAAAGAUAUCUAAUGAUUUCUUUUUGUUUGUUUUUUUAAAGAUUUUCUUUUUUUCUGAUUUUUUUUGGUUAAAAAUUUUAGUGGAAAAUAAGAUGGGGAAGAAAGAUAAUGUGUUAAUGCAUCCCACAAGGAGUUUUAUAUCUUUUUUGAUUCGUGGGGGACAGUAAAGCCUUUUGGAACAGUGGGUGUUGGUGGGUGAAGUCUUAACCUGUGAUUUCUAAAGAUUGGUUUCCAGGAGCAAGGAACCCCUUGGAAUUAUUUUUUUAAAGAAUGUCCCUAUAGUGUGCAGUUUCAGGGGGGACAAGCUUUGUAGCUUUAAAUAGAUUCUUAGAAUUUUAUAAUCCAAAAAGCUUCUAGAAUGUUACCAGAAAGACCAUGGAGCCACAUACGUACAAUUUUUUUUUUUAUAUAUAUGUCAGAAAGUUAAAAAAAAAAAAAAAAAAAACUUUUAGUAAUAUGCUUAUGGUACUGAAGCUACACUUGCAAGAUCGUUAUUUACUGAAAAUAAAUUACCUGAUGAGAAUAGAAUUUCUUCUUCUGGAUACUAGUUUUAGGAUUUUAGAGUUGGUUUAUUUAAAACACUAUCUUUAUGUAUUAUGAUAAUACAAAAUACCCAACCAAGAAGGACCGUACCUUCUUUUACCAACUGGUACAGGCAAAAAGUGGUCAAGGUGUUUGGUUUCAAACAAACCAAAUUUGGUUUCAAAUGCAAGAGGUAGGGACAAGAGACCCUAAUGUUUAGCAAAAUGUUGGACCAAAAACCGCUUUCCCUAGAAACCAAAUCAGAGAGUUGGGUGUUCCACGAGUAAGAUGGAGAGUUGAUUUGGUUGUUGCUCUCAUUUGUGAAGAUUGCUCAUGCAAUUCCAUUGCUGUUAUCCGGCAGCUGUAGCUUUUGCUAUUGAAUGUGUCAUGUCCAACAUUAGGGUAGAAUUAGUAGCAGAGAAGGAACAUAGCUUACUGUCAUAACCUGCUUUCUCAGGCAGGUUGCAAGCAGUUGACAGCAGGCAUGCUAUACACCAAGUAAGAUGAUAAGAAGAAAAAAAUAAUUAAAUCUUGGGUUUGCCGAACUUGACAGUAUGGCUCUCUGAGACCUCGCCAUAACCAACCUUAACCUUUAUGUCAGUUUGACAAAUUGUGCAGGCAUAUUACAAGCGGCGAAGUGGUUAAGAGCUCAGGCUGCUAGCCAAAAGGUCAGCAGUUUGAAUCCACCAGCCACUCUUUGGAAACUCUAUGGGGCAGCUCUAUUCUGUCCUAUAGGGUCACUAUGAGUCAGAAUCAACUCAACACAACUAAAACAACAUUACAAGUCUACCGACUAUAAUUCAUUAGAGGGCUGAUUAUCUACCUUAUGUACACUAAUUCUUCAUAAUACUCUCUUAAUGCUUAUUAGUUUGCACUUCUACUAAAGAAGGGGAAGAAGAAAUUAAAAUCGGUAUACUGAAUGGCUUUAAUGAGUAAAUGGAGGAAAUCUCAAGACAAUAACACAAAAUAUAAAAUAAUGGAAGGGGGGUGGAGAGAAACAGUUUCUAAGAAAAAGAACAAAACACUUAAAAUAUUUGAGAUGAAUGGGAUGAACGAGAUGUUUUUCAAACAGGUGAGUUCCCUUUUAAGUCAAUGGAGCACUUGAAAGGAGAACGGAAAGGGGUGUGGUAGGAUGGAGUUAGUACUGUAGCCUUACAAGUGUAAAUAACUACUUCUCAUUUCAUUCCUGUAAUUACGGUGGGAUGACAGAGGAUCUCUCUUGGAUAGGUAACAAAACUCGAUACAGGUAGUCCCUGAUUUAACCGCCUGGUUUUUUAGCUUACCUAACGGCGAAUAACUGGAGAAACAGGAAGCGCUGAUGUUGAAGCUGUAAGUUUGUAUGUAAUGUUUCCAACCACCAAGGACAAAUAAAGAUCAGAUUUAUAAAGAUACUGAUAAUAAAAGGCAAUAACGAAAACAAAACAGAAAAAAAACUUAUUUGACUUAACCUCUGAACAGAACCCCUGCCAUAAGUCAGGAACUACCUGCAAAAGCUGGGACUGUGUAAGGCAGAAACCUGUCAGAAGGAAAACUCAAAUAUUUUCCACUAAACAGCGAUAGAAAAGUGGUAAGACUGCACCCUGUCAAAGGCACAAAACUUGCGAAACCUGGGAAAACAAGGCAGUCCUGUCGAGUUACGGCUCUCAUGGGUUUCGCUGUACAGAACAUGACUUCAUUACUCUUGGCUACCAAAUCUGGGCUUCUCCUGGCCUCUGCUGAUAUUCUCGUUCCUUAUUCCCAGCAAAUGGAAGGUUUCAGACCUGAGUGUCCAACUAGCCUUAUGGUGCUAUUAAAAUUUAGCUCCUCAGCUGCACCAGCCACAUUUCAAAUCCCCAACACCCCCAUUUUUAGCUAGUGGCUAUUGUGUGGGACAGCACAGAUAGAGAUCAUGUCCAUUACUGAAAAAAGUGCCAUUGGACCACCUGAUUGUAUACCUAGUGUAUGUAGGUGUCUUUUUUUGUGUAUGGUAGAAAAUAGUUACGUAAUAUAUUUUUCAGUACCAACCUCAUUGUAAUAAUUUGUUACUCACCUAAGAACAUUGUAUCACUAACCCCUAUCCAUUUUUAUCUCUGUUCCGACAAAUGUAAUACAUACUAAUUUUCCAAAUUUUGAAGGAAAAAAAAGUGACCAUCCUUUCUUAUAAACCUACCUCCCAAACACAAUCAAUGAUUUACAGGUAAGUUUGGGGCAUAUAAGACCUGUUGGGUUUUUAUACUGUGGUUGAUGCAUUUUGAGCGUUCUUAGGCAUGGGGAUAGGCUGUUUCCCCCUUGUUCCCCUGUGUAACCAGUGUCAGACAUUUUCAGCCUUUGCCUUAAGAAGCUAAUUGUACCAGGCUCAGUCAGACCUACGACCCCUAAUGUCAUAUUCUAAGUCAUGAAGCUAAUUGCCAAAGAUUACUUGUGAACAAAGUAAAAGUUGGCAGAUGAGUACCUUGAGAAGCGUUUCUUCCUUGUUAGAUUGAUUGCCUCAUGAACGUUUUCCAGCCUAGAUUUCCGAUGUUAAAUGCCAGUUUUCUGGCGUGAACACGUUUGCAGAGCGUGGCUUUAGGCUCCUGGCUCAAUUAGUUAAAGUGGCUCAUGUAAUGAGUUGAAUCAACGUUCUUUCCUUACUGGAGAUGUGAACCAAACUGUAUUUGGAAAGAAUAGUUACUUGCAAUCCUGUGCAUUGCUUCCUGGGUGUUUAGCUACACAUUUUGGUUAAUAGCACCAUUAGCUGGAUUUGAGAAGUUAUAUGGUGAUGGGUUUCACAAAGACUUUGAUGAGGAAAGAUGUAGCUAGCUUGGAAAACAAAAACAGAAAGGGCCCUUCUCACAGACUCCCAACCUGCGGGAACUUCAGCUUGCUACAAUUGUUGAAACAAGGCCACGAGUUUCUCUCACUGGGUCCCACCUUACCUGCUGAAUGCCUGCCACGCCGGCAUGAGCAACUGUGUUACUUCCACUCCUAUGCUUGCGCCAUUAAUUUGGAGACUAUACCUCACUGCUUCCAACAAAUGAAACAAAUGUGCCAUGGAUCCAUAAAUGACUCAAGUGUGCACCAAACCAAGGAAGGAUCUGAGAUAGAAUAGUCUGGGUAGCUUUAAAUGACUCUUGUCAUUUGCAAUCCUCCUUUGCCCAUCCGGAAUAGGAUGCUGAGCAAAGGGUAUCAUUGGUAUGUGGGUAUCACAGAAACAACAGAAGAGGUGAGAAAGGCACCAGUCUUUCCCAGUUGUUAUCAAAUGAUACAAUUGAUGCUGUUCUCUAACCUCACAACUAGUUACACAGUGUAGUAAGUGUGCAUAUUGGACACUGAUCAAAGAGCCUUGGUUACUGAAAUAUCAGAAGAACCUUGCCAGGAAAGUGCACAGCAUUGGACAUGAGGACAAGAAUCAAGGCAAGAUUCUCAUGCAUCAGUUCCAGGCUAUGGGAUCCAGACAACAGUGGCUACAAACGCUUUCAGGGCAAAAGAACAUUGUAAUAGGCGCUGAGGCUACAGUAACGAAUACGACAGAGUUGGUCUCUUCCCUCCUGGAGCUUACAAUCUAGCAGGAACAAGAGAUAGUGAAUGAGUAAUCUUAAGUGUGAUGAGUUUGGAAUGGAAAGUGCAGAGUGCCUGAAAAACCCCGUUGCCGUUAAGUUGCUUUCAACUCAUAGCGACCUCACAGUGCCACAAGAGGAUAUUACCAGAGUGUCCAAUCUAACGUGAAUAUUCAGGAAAGGUUUCCUUGAAGAAAUGAUGUUAAAUUGAGACCUGAAAGAUGAGUAGUUGCUAACCAGGCAAAAGAGGAGAAGGAAGUGUUCUAGGCAUUGGAAAUAGCACGAGCAACAGGCCUGUAGCUAGAAAGAACCUCACCUAUUUAAGGAACCAAAAGAAAUCUAUGAUAGCUAUAGGGGAGAGCUCUGGGGAAAGUGCUGUACGAGAAAUGGAGACGUAGGCAAGAGCUAGACUAGAGAGGGACUUAGGCCAUGUUGCAAAUGUUAACACACUUGGCUGCUAACCAAAAAGUUGGAGGUUUGAGAGAGGUGCCUCAGAAGAAAGGCCUGGCAACCUACUCCCAAAAAAGCAGCCAUUGAGAACCCUGUGGAGCACAGUUCUACUCUGACACACAUGCAGUCACCAUGAGUUGGAAUCAACUGCAACAGAUUUUUUUAAGGUUUCAGAACUUUGGCUAAAGGACAAUGGGAAACCAUCAGCUUCCUCAUCUGUAAAGUGAAGAUAAUACAUAAUAAUUAUUUCAUAGGGUUACCAGGGAACAAAAUGAGAAGAAUACAAGUGAAAGUUCUUUUUAAAUUAUAAAGCUUUAUUGGAAUACUACUAAUAUUAUAAUUGCUUCUGUGUGCUGUUGAGUCAGUUCCAACUCGGAGUGACCCCAUGAGUAGAACUGCCCUAUAGGGUUUCCAAGGAGCAGCUGGUGGCUUUGAACUGCUGAUCUUUUGACUAGCAGCCAGGCCCUUAACCACUGCACCACCAGGGCUAAUAAUAAGCUUUGCUGCCUUUUUAAGUAAUAAACCCAAGAGUUCAAAUCUCCUCCUAAGUGGAGACAUGAAAUAUUCUAUAAAACCCUGGCCCACUCCAAGAAACUGAUGGAAAGGCCAGAAGUUUAUUUCAGCUGAAGCUUCCGGUGUGAGGUUCAUGAAGUCCAGGGAUGAGCUCAGCUGUUUGUAGCAGGAUCACACCAUUUAUGGCAAUGUGUAUUUCUUUCUCAACUCCACACUGACUCCCCAACACCGCUUCCAGAAAAGAUCAGUGUUCUGUCUCCUUCUCAAACCCACCAGAGCAGAACACUAAAACAUUCUCUCCUCUUGAUUUCUUCCAGCCAUAGCUUAGGGUCAGCAUUGCCUAGCUUAGCUUUUGUAGAAGUUGCCAUCAAUUCCACAAAAAAAGUUACACUCGAGUUGCUCAUGGCAAAAGAAUUAUCCCAUUUAGUAUCUGCGUUACAUUUUAGGAAAAAUCUAACACCUUUCCAAAUUGGUGACAUCUUAUUCUUAGAAUGGUUCUGUGAAGUAGGUACAAACUAGUAAAGUCUCACAGAAUAAAUGAGAAAUGCAGGGUUUACCCAAGAGUGUAUGCAGAUUUAGCCAAGUAACUCACCAAGUAACUCAGUUCCAGGACUACUUCCUCUCCAACCUGACCAGCACUGACAGGCCACCAUGGAGACCUUAAUAGUUCAUCUUAGACCGUUUCUCCGCUUCCUGGGAGACCUAGUUGCACCAGAUCUAGUCUACAUGCAGGAGGAAUAGAGAGAAUAAAAAACACCAUCAUCAGCAGCGUCAGCCCAAAGUUGGAAAUCAGACAUACCUCCACUCUCCAACUUUUUUUUUUUUAACCAAUUUUGACAUCAGCCAUCCUCCCCAUGGUACUCUCUGCUUCUCUGUCAGGUUUGAUAAUUCGUUUUGAAGACCACUCAGAACCCAGAGGCCAUAAUCACGAUUAUAGGGCUCAUUAGGGAAGUAACAGUUUACAAUUUGGGAUCAGGAUCAACUUGGAGGUAACAGGAUACAACUCAGGAUAUAAUUCUUCAAUCAGGACAGCAACUCAGGAUACAGUUCUUCAACCAAGACAGCUCUCAGCUUCUUAGUGGUGCCAGCAGGCAGGCUGAGAUGCUCAGCUUGGCCUCUACCUGCUGGGCCCCACUCUGGCCUAACCUCUGUCCUGCUCGAGCAAGUGAUACAGUUCUUUAGCUUCAGCUACAAGUGCCCUGUGAUGGUUAAGGUUGUGUAUCAACUUGGCUGGGCCAUAAAUCUCAGUGGUUUGGCAGCUACGUGAUGACAUAAUCACUUCCAUGAUGGAAUUUUAUAUAAUGUAAUCAUCUCCAAAAUGAGAUCUACUAUGAGCUGCCAAUCAAUCAGUUGAAAGAGAGUUUCCUUGGAGGUGUGGCCUGCAUCCAAUAUAUAUGGACUUUCUGGCAAAGCUUGCUAGCUUUUGCUUGCUCUGGAUCCUGCAUCUGGCUCUUCGUCAUCUAACCUCCGGUUCAUGAGACUUGAGCCAGCAGCCUGCUGUUUUACCUUGUGAUCUUGGAUUCAUCAGCCUCUGCAGCCCAUGUGCCAAUCUUGUGUUCAUCAGCUCCUGCAGCUACAUGAGUCGGGAGAAACCUCCAACCUGACGCCUGAAGCCUGACCCACAGACUUGAGACUUUCCAGCCUCUACAACUGCAUGAGCCAUCCUUGAUAUAAACAUAUAUGUAUGUGUGUACAUAUGUAUAUGGAAACCCUGGUGGCAUAGUGGUUGAGAGCUAUGGCUGUUAACCAAAAGUUCAGCAGUUUGAAUCCACCAGGCACUCCUUGGAAACCCUAUGGGUCAGUUUUAUCUUGUAGGGUCACAUGAGUCAGAAUCGACUUUACAGCAACAGGUUUGUUUUUUUUGUUUGUUUGUUCUAUGCAUGUAUACACACACACACAUACAUACAUAUAUAUAUAUAUAUAUAUAUGGAAACCCUGAUGCGGUAGUGGGUAAGUGUUAUGGCUGGUGACUGAAAGGUUGGCAGUUUGAAUCCACAGGCACUUCUUGAAACCUGUAUGGGGCAGUUCUACUCUGUCCUAUAGGGCUGCUAUAGGUCAGAAUCAACUCGAUGUCAAUGGGCUUUUUUCUAUAAUGAACUGAAGAAAAAAUUCAAGCCUCGAGUUGCAGCAGAGAAGGAUUCUAUGAGGAAAAUAUUGAAUGAUGCAGGAAGAAUCAAAAGAAGAUGGAAGGAGUACACAGAGUCUUUAUACCAAAAAGGAUUGGUUGAUGUUCAAACAUUUCAGGAGAUAGCAUAUGAUCAGAAACAAAUGGUACUGAAGGAAGAAGUCCAAGCUGCACCGAAGGCAUUGGCAAAAAACAAGGCUGCAGGAAUUGACAGAAUGCCAACUGAGAUGUUUCAACAAACAGAUGCAGCACUGGAAGCGCUCACUCGUCUAUGCCAAGAAAUCUAGGAGACAGCUACUGACUGGAAGACAUCCAUAUUUAUGCCCAUUCUCAAGACAGGUGAUCCAACCUCAUGAGGAAAUUAUUGAAUAAUAUCAUAAUAUCACAUUAAUAACAAAAAAAAAUUGCUAAAGAUCAUUCAAAAUUGGCUGUAGCAGUGUAUCGACAGGGAAGUGCCAACAAUUCAGGCCAGAUUCAGAAGAGGAUGUGGAACCAGGGAUAUCAUUGCUGAUGUCAGAUGGACAAACCUGGCUGAAAGCAGAGAAUGCCAGAAGGAUGUUUACCUGUGUUUUAUUGACUGUGCAAAGGCCUUCGACUGUGUGGAUCAUAACAAAUUCUGGAUAACAUUGUGAAGAAUGCGAAUUCCAGAACACUUAAUUGUGUGCUCAUGAGGAACCUUUACAUAGAUCAAGAGGCAGUUGUUCAGACAGAACAAGGAGAUACUGCAUGGUUUAAAGUCAGGAAAGGUGUGCAUCAGGGUUGUAUCCUUUUGCCACACCUAUUCAAUCUGUAUGCUGAGGAAAUAACCCGAGAAGCUGGACUAUAUGAAGAAGAACGGGGCAUCAGGAUUGGAGGAAGACUCAUUAACAACCUGCGUUAUGCAGAUGACAUAACCUUGCUUGCCAAAAGCGAAGAGAACUUGAAGCAAUUACUGAUGAAGAUCAAAGACCACAGUCUUCAGUAUGGAUUACGCCUAAACGUAAAGAAAACAAAACUCCUCACAACUGGACAGUAAGCCACAUCAUGAUAAACGGAGAAAAGAUUGAAGUUGUCAGGGAUCUCAUUUCACUUGGAUCCACAAUCAACACUCAUGGAAGCAGCAGUCAAGAAAUCAAAAGAUGCAUUGCACUGGGUAAAGCUGCUGCAAAGGACCUCUUUAAAGUGUUGAAAAGCAAAGAUGUCGCCUUGAAGACUAAGGUGCACCUGACCCAAGCCAUGGUAUUUUCAGUUGCAUCUUAUGCAUGUGAAAGCUGAACAAUGAAUAAAGAAGACAAAGAAAAAUUCAUGCCUUUGAAUUGUGGUGUUGGCGAAAAGUAUUGACUAUACCAUGGACUGCCAAAAGAAUGAACAAAUCUGUCUUGGAAGAAGUACAACCAGAAAGCUCCUUGGAAGCAAGAAUGGUGAGACUGUCUUACAUACUUUGGACACGUUGUCAGAAGGGAUCAGUCCCUGGAGAAGGACAUUAUGUUUGGCAGAGUACAGGGUCAGCGGAAAAAAGGAAGACCCUCAACGAGACGGAUUGACACAGUGGCUGCAACAAUGGGCUCAAGCAUAACAACGAUUGUGAGCAUGGCACAGGACUGGACAUGUGUGUGUGUGUGUGUGUGUGUGUAUGCUUCAUUGGUUUUGCUUCUCUAGAGAACCCAACCUAAGAUAUGCCUGGAGGCACCCCACUCCACUAGCAAGUCUCCUGCCUGAUAGUGCUCAGCUAUCUCUUGUUCUGUGGGUUGGGAACCUCACCAAAGCCAUCUUCCACCGGUUCCCUGAUUCUUGCCAUCUUGCACCACUGUCACUUGUGCAUCUCUGUGCCAUCUCAAGCCAUCUCUCCUGGGCCUAGGAGGCUCUCCACACAGGGGCCCCAAGUACAAAGGACAUGCUCCAUUCCAGGUUCUUCUCCUCAAAGGUAGUGAGGUUCCCCCCGCCCCGAACCUCUGUGGGAUUAGCUCUUUUAUAAGUCUACUCCUCUCACCAAGACCACAAAUUGACCAAUCCCCUUGGUAGGCCACAGUCACCUUAUUUGCAUAGUAAACUGUCUAAUCCCCAUAAGGUAUGUAAAACACACCAGUCAUAGGGCAGGCUGUGGCCCAACAAAUCGUUUUUUGCAGAACUACAAACCCAGGGCCAGAAAGGGCAUAUAUAAAGACAAACUCAUUGCACUACAUCCUGCAAAACAUUAAAUAUUACCCAAGUACAGAAGGGCCAAGCUUUUGCAGAUGUUUGCGUUGGAUUUAACCCCCAUCACCACAUUCUCCCUCCUAGCCCCAGGGUAGAGCAAGCCACACACUGUUCUUUCCCUUUAAUGAAAAUGUCAUUGACUACCAUAAGAACGCCACCUUACUACACACCAGAGAUUGCAAAUGUGCAUUUUUUUUACCCGCACAAUGCUUUUUAAAACUUUUUGAAGUAUUUCACAUAAAAAUCUAGAUUUCCAGUGUUUCUUGAAAAAUUGGAAGCUCUUUUAUAAAUGUUGGGAGCUGAAUAGUACCUUAAGACCAGUGUAUAUACCACAGUUCCCAUCCUAGAUCCUUCAGUAAGGUUCCAUGACAGGUCCAGAACAUUUGAAUUUGUGGUCCCUCCCCAAACCAAGUCUCAUGGAUACAGUAUUCCUCCUUUGUGUCCCUGAACAUGUAUAGGGCUUACCCUAUUUGAAUGUAACUUUGGAAAUGUUUUAGAGACCUUUAUGUAGAUGAUAAAACAAGGUUCGCCUACUCUAAUCCAUCUCUGAUGGAUCUUAAUUAUUUACAGCUACUUCCCAAUGGUAAAAGUAAAGAAUUCUGUUAGGACCUUUCCAUUGUCUCCUCUUUUCCAUCUCAGCUUCUCAGCUCCUUUGUUUGUUUAGUCAUUCAUUCAUUCAGUUAUUCAGAACUUUGUUUUUUAAGGCCUUAUGCUGGAGUCCUUUGGUGGUCCAAAUGGUCAAUGUGCUGUAUAGGCUGCUAACCAAAAUUUGGAGGUCCAUGUCCACCCACAGGUGCAUUGACAUAAAGGUCUGGUGACCUACUUCUGAAAAAUCAACCUUUGAGAACCCUGUGGAGCAUAGUUCCACUCUGAUAUGCAUGGGGUUGCCAUGAAUUGAUGUAGACUCAAUGGCAGCUGAUUUUUAUGAGGGUGCUGGGAUACCGUGCACCCAAUCGUGUUUAGAAAGAGAUUAUGGGGGGGGGUGUUAAAAAAUGCAUCAGUGGGUGUCAGGAGACCUAGGGUUUUUUGUUUGUUUUUUUUGCUGUUGACUCCUACUCAUGGUGACCCAAUGUGUGUCAGAGAAGAAAUGUGCUCCGUAGGGUUUUUUGUUCUUUUUAUAUGAUUGUUGAAAAUAUACAUAUCAAAACAUAUACCAAGUCAACAAUUCCACAUGUACAAUUCAGUGACAUUGAGUACAUUAUUCAAGUUGUGAAACCAUUCUCAUCCUCUGUUUCUGAAUUGUUCCUCCCCCAUUAACAUAAAGUCAUCGGGAACUUAAACAACACCAUAAACCAAUGGAAUCUAAUGGACAUAUAUAGAACACUCCACUUAUCAUCUGAACAAUACACACUAGUCUCCUGUGUACAUGGCUCAUUCUCCAGAAUAGACCACAUGUUAGGCCACAAAACAAUUCUCAACAAAUCUUAAAAGAUUGAAAUUAUACCAAGGACUCCUGUCUUGACACAAAGGGAUAAUAUUAGAAAUUAGUAGCAGACUGAGGUCUUAAAAGCUUGUGAGCAUCCAUCUAAGGUACUCCACUGGUCCCACCCCAUCUGGAGCAAGGAAGAAUGAGGAAAAUCAAAGACACAAGGGGAAGAUUAGUCCAAAGGACUAAUGGUCCACAACCACAGUUUCCACCAGACUGAGUCCAGCACAGCUAGAAGGUGGCUACCACCACCGACUGCUCUGACAGCGAUCACGAUAGAGGGUCCCGGACAGAGCUGGAGAAAAACGGAGAACAAAAUUCUAACUCACAAAAAAAGACCAGACUUGCUGGUCUGACAGAGACUGGAGAAGCCCCGAGAGUAUGGUUCCUGCACACCUUUUUAACUCAGUGCCGAAGUCACUCCUGAGGUUCACCCUUCAGCCAAAGAUUAGACAGGCCCAUAAAACAAAACAAGACUACAUGGGCACACCAGCCCCAGGGCAAGGACAAGAAGGCCGGAGGGGACAGUAACGCUGGCAACGGAACCCCAGUUUGAGAAGGGGAGAGUGUCGACAAGUCACGGGGUUGGCAACCAAUGUCACAGAACAAGGUGUGUAUUGUUUAACGAGAAGCUAAUUUGCUCUGUAAACCUUCACCUGAAACACAAUAAAAUAAACAAAUCAAAUGGGCAUAAUUCCUGGCAGGUUUUGGGGAGGAUUCCAGCGAUCCCUGUCCUGAUGCCUAACUUGGCCAGCAAGUGCUCAAUAAAUGUUACGAUUACUAUUAUUAAAAAAAAAAAAAAAAAAUAGGAGAAGGACCUAGGUUAUGAUAGACGGUCUAACGCUGACUUCGAACCAACGUUACGUGACAUUGGAGAAGUCACUUCACCCUCUGGAACUCAGGUACUUUUCUGUAAAAUGGGAGGGUAGAAAGAUAAUAAAAAACACCAGCCUUAGUGCAAGGCAGACGGGUGUGACUGUGCUGUGUAAGGGAUUGAAUAUUAUGCAAAUGCUGGGUGCAGCCAUCAAACUAGGGUUUCUGUGGUGACACAGUAAAUCUUAGAUAAAUGAAGAAGGUUAAAAAAAAAAAAAAAAAAAAGGCCGG